CGGAACUGUGGCGUCAGCGCGGCUAACCGUUGGACCUGCCAGUGAAAACAAAAUGUGACGUGGCUAAUCGUGCUGGACAAAAGUGAGAGAGGAAACCCAAAUCGCUGAAUUAUUUACAGGGAAAAUCAAAGGCCUGUAAACUGUAGGAACAGAAGUGUAACAAAUAAAGAAGAUAAAUAAAGAAGAUAAACUUGUCUUGCUGCUGAUUUUAAGAAGGAAACUGUUAGCAGCCUGAGGCAACGUUAACUGCUAGCAUCAAGACUUUGACAGCUGAGCAGGAGAAAAGGCAUGUACUAAGACAUUAAGAUGUCAGACAGCGAAGCUACAGCAGCUGAGGGUUCAAAGGCGGCACCGGCAGAGAUUCAGGAUGACUCUCCUGCCGAAACUCCCGACAGCUCUGCGCCCACCACACCUGACAUCUCAACUGACGUGGCCCCGACGAGGAAAGCCAGGAGGAGACCAGAGGCCAAACCUGCAGCUGAAAUUAAGGAGAUGCCCAAAGUAGAAGAGCAGCCUGCAAAGAUAUCCACUGAGUCUGCAGUGGCUCAGGGCGGCUGGGGAUACUGGGGCAACUGGGGCAAAUCCAUCUUAUCCACAGCAACAGCUACUGUGGCCACUGUGGGCCAGGGGCUGACCCAGGUGAUAGAGAAGGCAGAGACGUCGCUGGGAAUCCCCAGUCCGACCGAGCUGUCAGCUCAGGUGGAAGAAGAGCAGAAAGAACAUGACGGAGCCAGCAGUGAGACCGACAGAGCGGAGGGAGAUGGAACGACAGCGGUGGGAAGCGCGAUGGGAAUGUUGUCGUCGCUCACCAGCGUCGUGCAGAGCACAAGUAAGACGGUGAUAACAGGCGGGCUGGAUGCUCUGGAGUUCAUCGGGAAGAAGACCAUGGAUGUCAUAGCAGAAGGUGAUCCCGGCUUUAAGAAGACCAAAGGACUGAUGAUCAGGAACUCCACCCUGUCUCAGGUGUUGAGGGAGGCGAAGGAGCGAGAGGAGCUGCAGACGGCUGAGAAGGAGUUGCCAGAUUCCGAGAAGAAGCCGGUCGCUCACUACGGGAUGCUUUUUGAUGAAUAUCAGGGUCUGUCGCACCUCGAGGCUCUGGAGAUUUUGUCUCGUGAGAGCGAGUCUAAGGUGAAGUCGGUGCUCACCACUCUUUCGGGAGACGAGGUGGUGCAGCUCAGAGGAGAGCUGGAUCUCAUCAAGGACUCUUUCUCUCUGGUGGAGUUUGAUGACGAGGAAGUGGACGAGAAGAAAGAUGAAGACGGCUCAGAGUUUGAGAAGGAGUUAACGGAGGCGUUGGAGGGUCUCAGUGUCUCUGCCACAGCCGACAAACUCAGCAAGGCCUGCAAGAGCACCUGCAGCCAGAUCGCUGACAUGACCAAACCAGAGAACGAGGAGGAGGAAGAGAGCGAGGAGGGCGGGAAGAAAACACUGUCUGUAGAGGAUGUUCAUGCCGCAGCCAUCAGGAGUCUGGCGGAGCUGACGGCUCGAUCCAUCGAGCUUUUCCACAAACUGGCUGAGAUGAUCCUCUUCUCCAAGGGCAGCGCGGAGGCCAGCGUCCUGUCACAGUUAACUGUUGUUCUGUGUAAAGAAAUCUCACUACUUUCCAAGAAGUUCACCUCCUGCUUAACAACAGCAGGGUCAAACGAGAAGGGAGAUGUCCUCAACCCGCUGAUAACAGGAGUCUUUUUAGAGGCGUCCAACAGUGCUUCCUACAUCCAAGAUGCUUUCCAGCUGCUGAUGCCCAUACUGGAGAUCUCCCACAUCCAGAGGAGAACUGAAUCCACAGAGCAGUGAGCAGCCGACGUCACCGCUGCCCUCCAUCGUUGCCAUGACGCCGGGACUGUCACAGCAGAAAACUGACACAUCCUUAAAACUUUUUUUUUUAAAAAUCACCUGCGUCAGCUUUUACUCUGUCUGGUUUUCAGCUCAGGACAAAAUCAAUUUCACGCCUGGGAGUAAAAGUGUGUUUUGUUUUGUUUUUUUUUGUCAAACAGUGUUAACUUUUUUGCAUUGCUGGUUUAUUUGUGAAGUACAGUAGAUGGACUCAUUGAAUUACAGUGUUGAGGAACGUCUGGAUCUACCAGGCACAGUCUAAGGGAAACAUCUGUGAUAAAGAGGGAGAAACAUAUUAUUUCUCCUUUUAUUCUAACAUGUACACUACUUUUUUUUCAAACAGCACUUGAGUUCUUGUGAACGUAAAAUUCUCAAUUCUGCCUCAGAGAACACAUAAAAGGACAUAAAGGAUGGAAACAUCAGUGGUAACUUGUUUUCAAGAAAAGGUGUGUCGCAAAAUAAAUAAGUAAGAUAUAGUGAUAAUGUAUUUUUCUCUUUACUGAGCAGUAAAUAGUUGGUUUUCUAUGCAUAUCUUUUUAAAACAGUUGCCAUCCAACAUAUGUCUGGUUCUGGAGGCUAAGCUGGAGGCUAAGUAUCUUUGCUAAAGGAUUGAACUCGCAGACAGUUUUAAAAUUUGAUUUGUGACUCUUCUCUGUAGCCACCAGGCCAUCGUUUAUCUGACAAACUGGAUUCUAGCUGACUCAAUAAGCCUUGGGUGCACAGAUUGCUCUUUUUAGUAUCUGGUAACCUUGGUAUCAUCCUCAAAUCAUGAGCAGACUGGCUUUAAACAGUCUGUCAUCAAGUCUGCAAUUCGACUUAGAUGCUGUCUUUGCCUCUGAUACUCUUUUUUUUUUUUUUUAACAGUUUGUCUGAGUUUUGUAACUCAGUAUCAGCUUUAAGUAAGUAUUUUCUCUUCAGUAUUUCUGCAAAUACUGGACCUCCUCACAUGUUUCAGGCUCUCCAUAUUCAGAUCACUUCCCGUCUGAUUUUCUCUUAAUCCUUCUAAGGCUAAAGACUCGAGUUGGAUGAAUUAAAAAAAAAAAAAAAAAGAUUUUCUGUUACUGCAGUAAGACUUGAAAGCAAAAAGUCUCAAGUUUAAUCCUGAUAAAAUCCUGGAACCAUUAAAAAUACUGUACAAGGCAAAUCUAGAAAAUACUGUACAAGCUUAAAUGUUUAAUAAUUUGGCGUCUUCAUUGAAAAGACUAAUCAGCUUUUUAGAAAAACACUAUUAAAAGCUUUGAAUGUUGUCUGAAUGUUCAAAUAACACUGCAUGAAAGUUGCAUUCCUGUUCUAAUCAAGGAAAUGACAUGCAAUAGCCAUGGCGACAAUAUUAAGACACUGUCAUUCAGACAUAAAUGACAAAACUUACCACUCUUUCUUCCCCUCUCGUAAAUUUUCAAUGUUGAAGAAAUAUACAAACAUACAGAUUGUAAAUUAUAGUUGUUUAAAGCCUAUUUCUCUGUUUAACAUAAUCUCAAAACUCCAGGUGUUCAUUUAUCAGAUGAAGGAGCUUCUACUUGCUAUGAAGAUAGUGUGAUUUUCUUCUUUUAGCCCGUUAUCUUCAAUAAGAUUCAGUUUUUCUGAUAUUGAACUGCUAACAGCUUUGUGUUGUGGGCAAUAUACUGUACUGUACAUCAGGUAUUUGAGAUGGUUUAAAAAUAAAUGUGCUUUCUUAUA